AUGAGACAGGCUGCCUUGUUGAUUAAAUCAUAUGAAACGACUGGAAAUCUCUUACCUGAAAAUUCUUAUGUUGAUGAUAUAUUAGCCAAAUCAUUGCUCAGGGAAUUGACUUUAACAGAAUGCCCAGAAGGAGGGGAUGAUUCAAUGCCAGAUCAUAUGUAUAGGCUAAGGAAGUGCUUAUUUCUCAGGAUAUAUGAUUUGGAAGGUUUAGCAUUUUCAAGAUUCAUCAAACCAUUGAAUUCAGUUGGAAAACCUUCACUGAUGAUGUUUUGUGGUGCUAGCAAAGUUGCCUUUGGGUGCCGUGCGUAUAUUAGAUGGCAGUUAGUGAAUGCAAACUCAAGACUUCUAGCAUUUAAGAGUAAAUUAGCUCCCAAAAGGGAAAUUACGAUCCCCUGA